CCCCGCUGCACAAAGACCAGUGUGCAGUUGCAGUCUCCUCCACGCUGUGAGUGCGCAGCGCUUGCACAGAUCGCUCCACUUUGGAACUUAAGCCCCCACAUUGCAUGCCCCAGCAUACUCUUACUGCUGUUUUCCUGGCCGUGGACGACCCUCCGUGUUUCGCUGUGGCUGUUUUCCAGCACAUAUUCCGACCCCGAAAAUCGUCGGGACCUGAGACUAGAGAGAAGCUGCGGGAGUGGUCUGGAAACUUUUGCCAUCAUGAGCUCGCAGACGGUCAACCUUGAUACCUACAACCUAUCGCUGCUGACGGCUAAAGAGGACAUCCUCAACCCCCGUUCCUCCACCAACUGGGCAAUAUUCGCAUAUGAUGGAUUCAGCAACAAGCUUAAACUGGCUGACUCUGGAGCGGGUGGUGUGGCAGAGCUGGCAGCGAAGUUUCACAUCUCCAAGCCUCAAUAUGGACUGUGCAAAGUGGGAAUUGGGGAGACAGGAGGCCCCCGGAUUGCUAUGAUCAGCUGGGUCGGCCAAAAUGUAGAGGACUUCCGAAGGACAGAAUGUGCCAGCCACAUUCCAGCCAUCAAAAACUUCUUCAAGGAAGCACACGUGUUCAUUAGUGCAGAGAAAGUGGAGGAUGUGACAGAGGAGAAGAUAAAAGCAGAACUCAGCAAGGCCCAGGCCCAAGCUCCUGCACAGUGGGUGAGAAGGAGCUCCAGGUCUGCGGACAAGGAGGAAUUAGUGGGUACAAACUACAGAAAAACGAAUGCUGCAAUGGAGAUGAGACGAAUAAACAGAGACUCCUUCUGGGCACGUGCAGAGCGUGAAGAGGAAGAGAGGAAAGAUGAGGAGAAGAGGCGAGCAGCAGAGGAGAGACGCCGGCUUGAGAGAGAAAGAGUUUUAAAGGAGCGGAAGGAUGCAGAAGAGAGAGACAGAAAGAUGAAUGAGAAGCUGCAGAUGAUUGAGGAGCAGAGAAGGAAACAGGCAGAGCAAGAGGAAGAGCUGCGUAGACAGGAAAAAUUAAAAUGGGAGCAGCAACAGAGGGAGCAUAUGGAAGAUAUGAGAGCUCGUCUUAGAAGGAGUGAGUCAAUAGAGAAAGCUGCAGAGGCAGCAGCGUUAGUGUCCCAGCGCUCCAUGAACCCUCGGGAGUUCUUCAGGCAGCUGUCAUCAUCAUCACAAAGUCCCACCAGCCCUGCAUCCUCCCGCACUGGCAAACCAUUCAGAAGAUACCAGCGCAGCCUGACAGACACAGCUUUUAUCUUCUCUAAACCAGAAGGGAGCACGUCAUCCUCCCCUUAUAGUUCACCCUUGGUCUCCCCCUUCUCCCGCGGUCCUACCUCCCCCGUCUACCGUACCAUGUCUCCCCCCAGCCCCCAUUCCCGCCCUGUCACCUCUCCACAAAGGCCCAGAGCCCCCAUGUCACCGCCCACAUCACCUCUUCGCCCUGCCCCUCCAAUCUCAGCCCUGCCCAGCGUCCCACAUACUAACAACCAAGUUCAGCCUAUUGUUGAGCCAAAACCCCCUUCACCCACAGAACCCUCUGCACCUCCAGCCUCCCCUACUCUCUUGGCUUCCUUGUCCCCCAGUUUAGUGAAAAACAACCCUUCUCAGUCACAUCCCGGAGCCCUGCCUACCUCGCCCCCAAACACCCCGAUCGAGCCAGAGCGCUCAACUUUCUGCUUCGAGUCUGGUGAAGCUCCACAGGCUCCAACAGCUCCUCUUUCAGAGAGACCACAGCUAAACACAGACCUCAACACAGCCACUCAUGUGCACACUGAGCUGGUCUCAGACACUGGCUACAAAGUGCAGGCUGUACUGGUGGAGGAGGACGAGGAAGAGGAUGUGGAGGAGCAUGAGGAAGAUAAGGCUGAAACACAACCGCAGCCCUGUGCUGUUACCACAGAACCAGUCCAGACUGAGGCAGUGGAGCAGGAGGAAAAGGAGGAUGAAAUGAAGGAGGAGAAGGAAGUGGACAAGGAGCAAGAGGAGGAGGUAUUAAAUCAGGAAGCUGAGCCUGCAUCCAUGUUGGAGCCAGUUGAGGUGGUGCUGGAGGAAGAGGAGGUGAAGGUGGAUCAAGAAAAGAUUGACCAAUCAGAAGACAGUCAGGACCUCCCUAAGCCUGCUGAGCUUCCAAAGAAAGAGGAAGAGUCAGCACUCACUGAUGCCGAACCACUUUGUCAAGUAAUCAAACACGAGACUGUCGUCUUGACAACCAAUGGGAUUACCAACGGAGAGGACACACAGGAGCAGAAUGGCAUCGAGCGAUCUUUGAGUCCAUCUGAUACAGAACUCAGCUCGCUGAAGCUGGCAGUGAACUAUGAUCUAAAUGGCCAAGCACAGGAGGAUCAUGUCAUUGAGGAUAAGGAACAGGAGAUCUCAGAAAAUGGACAAGAGGUUUUAGCCGAGCAGCUAAUGUGUGUCCGAGCUCUUUAUGACUACCAAGCAGAGGACGAAUCUGAGAUCUCCUUUGAACCUGGUGACAUCAUCAAGGACGUGGAAACGGUGGACAAAGCCUGGUGGAGGGGAUGGAGCAAAGAUGGCCGUCAAGGCUUGUUCCCCGCCAAUUAUGUGGAGACCAUAUAGAGAGGCAGAGACACACACACACUCACACUCACAAACACAUACAC